AUGGCAAUGAUGAAAGUAAAAUUUAAUAUGAAGAAAAGGGUCAAGCUAGCCCAAGGGCUAUGGCUCAUGAACUGGUGCUGUGUGCUAGCAGGCAUUGUCCUCUUCAGCAUGGGAAUUUUUCUUAAAAUAGAAUUGAGGAAAAGAAGUGAAGUGAUGGAUAAUGCUGAGAGCCAUUUUGUGCCGAAUUCCUUAAUAUUGAUUGGGGCCAUGGCUUGUGCUCUCAAUGGCUUGGCAGGUAAAAUCUGUUACGACUCCCUAGACCCAGCUAAAUUUGCAAAGUGGAAACCUAUGCUAAAACCUUACUUGAUCUUCUGUGUGCUCUUCAAUAUCUUUAUGCUGUUCAUUUCUGUGGUGUGUUUUGUUACAAGAGGGUCACUGGAGAGCACGUUGGCCCAGGGUUUGAAGAAUGGCAUGCGUUAUUACAAGGACACAGAUACUCCUGGGAGAUGUUUUAUGAAGAAAACAAUUGAUCUACUUCAGAUUGAGUUCAAGUGCUGUGGGAACAAUGGAUACCGAGAUUGGUUUGAGCUGCAGUGGGUUAGCAACCGGUACCUGGACUUUAGCUCCAAGGAUGUGAAAGACCGCAUUAAGAGCAAUGUAGAUGGAAAAUUCUUAAUAGAUGGGGUCCCGUUCAGCUGCUGUAACCCAAGCUCCCCACGGCCCUGCAUCCAGCUGCAAGUGACAAAUAACUCUGCACACUACAGCUAUGAACACCAGAAGGAGGAACUGAACCUGUGGAACAGGGGCUGCAAGGAAGCACUGCUGAAUUAUUACACCAACAUGAUGAGUUCUAUGGGAGCUCUGGUGUUCUUGGCCUGGAUCUUAGAGAUUGCGGUCACAGUUGGGCUCCGGUAUUUGCACACAUGUCUGGAGAACAACGCAAACCCUGAGGACCCUGAAUCUGAGAGUGAGGGAUGGCUACUAGAGAAAAGUGUGAAAGAAACCGUCAAAACGUUAUGGGAUUUUGUAAAAAGUCUGGGAAAGAUUAACCAAGUGGAAAGUUCUGAAGCUGAAGGAGGGGACAAAGCCCCAGCAGUAACCACUGUGAGCUGA